AUGCUUUCUGAGAUGCUCGUCAGGGGUGUUAGACUGUCGUCGGCACGUGACGGACAAAAAGCAGAGCAAGCGGGCUGCAGCAUUUCUUCUCGGACUUCGCUUUGCAAUUUUCAACUCUUUCCAACACCAUCUCCGCUGAAACGCUGCUGGUGCUCACACAUCGUCGUACCUGGAGCUUCAAGUCACAGCAACACCACACAGUCCGACAUACUCCUCACAAGAGCUGCUCUUGUCUGUCAGCGCCUCGUCAUGUCCUUCGCCACAAAUCUCGGAUCGUCUUUGCGGACGGCAAGCAACGUUGCAAAUGUCGCAUCCUCUUCCUCCUCAGCCUCGUCGUCCACGAUGGUCAGGGCCUUCUCCGUCUCUGCACGAGCAUCCGCAAAGCCAAGGAAGCAGCGCAACAUCAACGAUCCCAUGUCGCUCCGAAAGAUGCCCAAGUUCAACUACGAUGACGUACCGACUCUGGGACACCUGAUCCUUCGUCGCAAGCGCGAGAUGCUUCAAGUGAUGCGCACGGUCGAGUUCGAGAUCCCCAAACUCUCCUCCUUCCGUCAGACCUACACGCCACCUAAGGCAUCGCAAUGCCUUCAGUUCCGUUUCCAGCACUACCAGGGAGAGAACCACCCGGUAUCGCGCAAAGUGGUGCUCAACGUCAACGUCGACGACCUCGUCAAGACCGGUGCCGUCAAAGACGCGAAAUCCAAACACAAGCUUCUGCUGUUGGCCGGAAGCAGAUUCCACCCACGAUCGAACGAUGCAGCAAAGCCGGAUCAGGGAGAGAUCAAGAUCUCGUGCGAACUGUUUCCCAACGAAAGGCAGAACAUGAAGUGGUGCUCGGAAACGUUGGAUGCGCUGGUGAAGGAAGCGAAUGUGAGGACCAAGGAGGUGGAUGAAUUGCCGUUGGAUCUGAGGUCUCCGAUGAUCAGGCAGGAUAAGAAGCGUCAUUAUUUGAGGGCCGAUCGACCUUCGUUGAAGGACUUCCCCAAGGAGUGGUUGUGA